AUGGCGCACAUGUAUAAGGCAACGAAGCUACUUGUUGUUUUGUGUAAUAUUUUCGGUACGGCGAUAUGUACUAAAUCCGAGCAACUGACACACCGAAUAGUUGGAGGUCAAGUAGCCAACAUCGAAUCGUACCCAUAUCAAGUGUCCGUACAGGAAUUGAAGGUUCAUAUUUGUGGUGGAUCAAUAAUCACCAGCCGAUGGAUAUUAACAGCAGGACACUGUAUUGACGAUACUAUUCCGCGCUACAUGAAAGUGCGCGUUGGAUCUUCAUUUUACAGUGGGCACGGAACUUUUCACGAUGUUAAAUCAUUCCUCGCGCAUCCAGACCAUAUACCGUACAGCUGGAUAAUGGACUAUGCACUUCUCGAGUUGAAGGAGUCGUUAGUAUUUUCCAACGCCGUUCAACCAAUAACUCUGGCGUCCCAACCGGACGAUCUGCCUUACGAUCUCGAUUGUGUAGUGACCGGCUGGGGGCGCACUUUAAAUACGGAAGAAAAUUUUUACAAGCUAAGAGCGGUAGAGAUUCCGUUGGUUUCCCGAGGAUUGUGUAACAUCACUUACGAAGGGAAGAUCGAUAUGUCGAUGAUAUGCGCGGGUGAUUAUGUUAAUGGCGGUAAAGGAAGUUGUGCGUACGAUUCUGGAGGACCGUUGGUUUGUGCCGGUGUACAGGUUGGAAUCGUAUCCUGGGGCAAAGGCUGUGCAUUGCCGGGAUAUCCAGAUGUUUUCAGUAGCAUUUUAUAUGGGAGAAAAUGGAUCGACAAUGUAAUAAAAAUAGAUAGAGAAUAA